GAUGGCGGCUUCGUUUCGUUCUCUCCCUGCAAGCUGUAACAACAAAUGGUACUACACCCGGCAGCAGAUCGACAACAGCCCAUCUCGGCGAGCGGGACUUGAUCCGGACAAGGAGCUGUCCUACCGACAACAGGCGGCCAACCUGCUGCAGGACAUGGGACAGCGGCUCAAUGUGUCCCAACUCACAAUAAAUACAGCCAUUGUGUAUAUGCAUCGAUUCUACAUGGUCCAGUCUUUCACCAGAUUCCACAGAAAUGUUAUUUCCCCUGCCGCACUCUUCCUCGCCGCAAAGGUCGAGGAGCAGCCCCGAAAGCUGGAACAUGUUAUCAAGGUGGCCCAUGCAUGCCUCAAUCCUCAGGAUCCUUCCCCAGAUGUGCGCAGUGAUGUAAGUCUUUGGUUUCAGUCAAAAUCGCCUGCAAAUUGUGCUCUGUCUCCUCCUGCAAUACUACGGCACAAAAUAAAUGUAAUAUUUCAUCAGUAGAUAAUGUGAGGAUUUUUUUAUUGUUUUAUUUAUUUUGCAGAAUGUUAUAUGGUCGUUCAGAUUCGACAGUUUGGGAGUAAACUUUGCUUUGUGGCAGCACUUUGCCUUUAAAUUAAGAGAGGGAAAAGCGCUGAAAAUUAAAAAUAUAUGUAUGAUUUCUUUUCUUUAAUAAC